AUGACGUUAACUGUCCAAUCAAACAAUCUCACAGCAAAAAGUUUUCUUAGUGCUAGUAUAAUUUCUAGAAACCCCGUUUACUAUUAUUGCCAAGGAGGGUUUAUUGAAGAAUUAGCUCUUAUAGGAAAUAUUAAAACCGAAACAAAAGCGGCCCAAUCUUUACUGGAAACAUCAGUCAUUAAUAAAAGUGCUAACCUUGUUUUGAAAGAGAAAACUGUUAAAAUCAAAAAACCAAAAUAG